AUGUCGAACAAUUCUUUAUCUCUGUGUGGAACUCCAGAGCCUAUUAUAACGUUCGAAGCGAGGCCGGAGACAGUAACUCCAACAUUAUCAUUCCGUCGUGACUAUUCGACUUCUACAUUCCAAGGUAGACCUAUGCUCUACCGCAUUAACCCUGACCUAGGCCACCUCUGCUGGCUUCAGGAGACUAUCCAGAAUGACAGCAGCUUAUUGCUGCAGGAUGGAGGAGCCUUCCGCGGAAAAGGCUUUCUGGAACGUCUGAAGGAGUUCCAGACGUGCUGCCAUCGAGCAGCAGUUGUCCACGAUGAGGACAACCUUUUUGACCAGUUGAGGAUGUGGGAUCUACCCACCGAAGUCUCGGAACUCAGAGCCAUGGCUGAGCUGGAGCAGGAGCGCGUUUGCGCAGCACUGGAGGAUGAGCUGCAGGAAUUGGAGGAACGAGCCGCACAUGUGCGUCAAGUAAUGGAGGAUGUCCGCAAGGAGGACUUAUCGCAUAGGAGUAAGUAA